AUGGUGCUGCUCGCCAAGGCGGUCGCGCUGGGUGCGACACCGCCCAUGCUGAUUGUGGAGAGGCUCACCUCGAAGCCUGGGCGAGUCCGGUGUCAAGUUCCCCAGAGAGGCGCGCCGUCUACAUCCAUGCUGGCAGGCUCUGUUGUGGUGGCAAGCGUCUUUUCGAGGCACAGAACAAACACCUGGGCGACCCCAGUGGUGACAAGGGCAAGGGCCAAGCAGACGCGAAAAGCCGGGCCUGACACCACAGAGGAUGGCACCGAAUCUUGGCGAAGCCAAAUCGGCCAUGUGACGCGCAUCGGGCCAGAAGGACGCAGCAGGCUGCAUCCUGGGGCAAAGCACCCAAGUCCGAUGGCCUCCGCUGGUAAAGUGGGCUUGCCCUCGGCGCCCUCUGCUCACAGGGAUGGCUAUGCCGAUCCAAAGGAUCGAGGUCCAAGAUUCAGCACCUUGCCGCCACCUCCAGACAAGCCAUACACGCCACAAUAUGGGGCUUUGCAGCCUGCUUUGAGGAGUCGGCUUGACAACACCCAAGACAUUCGCCUCGAAGGCUCCAUGGGGGAAGUCCUCCCCGAGACCGCUGACACGAUUUGCUUUGUCCCUGAGCCUUAUGUCCGCGCACAACGCCCGGACCAGCGCGCGCGCUCUACCGCAGCGUUGUCCGACAGUGAGGCAAUUACGGACACUCUGGAGAAGGCCGGCAUUUGGUUUCGACCGCUGCCGGCGAGGGAGGAGCAUUUUCGUGAAAUGAGUGACGAUGAACUGCGAGAGCGACUGCGGGAUGUUGCAGAGCUCGUGUCGGGAUCUCGCAGGGAAAUGCUGAAGCGACUUUACGGCAAGAAGGCGAAUUUCGCGUCCUGGACGAAAGCUGAAGUGGAGACCGAAUGCUAUCGAUUAGGAUUGGAGGUAUUGGAAAAGAAAGCGGACAAUGUGGUGAACAUCAAGAAUGCGCUGGAGUGGCAGCAGAUUCGCAACCUCAGCGAUGAAGAUUUGGCAUACGAGUUAUCUUAUCGUGGUCUGGACUCGGAGGAUCGUGAAACCGAUGAGGAGAACUUGCAAGCCUAUCUGGACGGCCGCAUGUUUUAG